CCAGCUCCGGAGCGACACCGCCGGCAGCGGCGGGAAGAACAACAACAGCUGGCGUCAUGAGCGGGGAGGCUCCGGCUCCGGCUCCUCCCCCUCCCCCUUACCCGUGGCUGCCUGGUGCCGACGGCCGCGGUAGGAGCUUGUGUUGGGUACCAGACAUGGCCGUGGUCACCGCCGAUGCCGCCCUUGCUGCCGAAGGGCAGGAGCCUCUGCUCAGCUCAGAAGGGGGUGACGAGAGCAGAUAUGGAGAUGUUGUGGAAACGCAACAGCAUUAUAAGAGUAGGUGGAGGUCCAUUCGUAUUAUGUACCUUACAAUGUUUCUCAGCAGUGUAGGUUUUUCAAUUGUAAUUAUGUCAGUAUGGCCAUAUCUGCAAAAGAUUGAUCUGACAGCAGAUGCAAGUUUCUUGGGAUGGAUUAUUUCUUCAUACAGUCUUGGACAAAUGAUAGCCUCACCUCUGUUUGGUUUAUGGUCCAAUUACAGACCAAGAAGAGAACCACUUUUUGUUUCAAUUGCCAUUUCUGUGGCUGCUAACUGCCUUUAUGCCUAUGUCCAUUUGCCUACUUCACACAACAAAUACUAUAUGCUGGUUGCUCGUGCUCUUGUGGGGUUUGGAGCAGGAAAUGUAGCAGUAGUUCGAUCAUACAUUGCUGGUGCCACUUCUCUUACAGAAAGAACUAGUGCCAUGGCCAACACCAGUGCCUGUCAAGCAACAGGAUUCAUACUAGGACCAGUUUUUCAGACUUGCUUCUCUCUGAUUGGAGAAAAAGGAGUGACAUGGGAAAUCAUUGAUCUCCAGGUGAACAUGUUCACAGCACCAGUUCUACUGGGAGCUCUCCUAGGAGUUAUUAAUAUUAUUCUAAUCUUUGCUAUAUUCAGAGAACAUCAAGUGGAUGACAUGGGAAGACCGUGCAAAAGCAUCAAUUUUGAAGCAGAAGAAAGUGAUUAUGUGGAUCAGGAUGCCCAAGGGAACAUUGACCAGGUUGCUGUUAUAGCAACCAACAUUCUUUUUUUUGUCAUCUUGUUUGUUUUUGCUGUCUUUGAAACCAUAGCUACUCCAUUGACAAUGGAUAUGUAUUCCUGGACCAGGAAAGAAGCAGUUUUUUAUAAUGGAAUAAUCCUUGGUGCAAUUGGCAUUGAAUCAGUCAUUGUCUUCAUGGCGGUUAAAGUAGUUUCUAAAAAGACUGGUGAGCGUGCUAUACUCUAUGGAGGCCUACUGAUUAUCUUGGUUGGAUUCUUUAUCUUGUUACCUUGGGGAAAACAAUUACCAAAUAUCCAGUGGGAAGAUAUAAAGAAUAAUUCCGUUCCCAGAAUCAUCUUCAAUGAAAUGUUUACACCUUUCUGGAAGCUCCAAACAACACAACUACCAUCCAAUCACACAGUAGAGCCAACAGGAUGCUCUGUUAUGCAGCCCUGGUGCCUGUACACUCCAUUGAUCCACUUGGCCCAGUAUAUAACCUCUGAUAUACUGAUAGGAUUGGGCUAUCCAGUCUGUAAUGUCAUGUCCUAUACUUUAUACUCAAAAAUUCUAGGACCAAAACCUCAGGGUGUCUACAUGGGCUGGUUAACUGCCUCUGGAAGUGGAGCACGUAUACUGGGCCCAGUGUUUGUGAGCCAAAUAUAUACUCACUUGGGACCUCGUUGGGCAUUCAGCUUAAUCUGUGGAAUAAUUGUAUUCUCUCUCUUACUCCUGGAAGCAGUGUACAAGAGACUUACUGCAUUUUCAGUCAGAUAUGGAAUGAUGCAAGGGUAGAUUUAUUUUUAGCUAUGUAAAACGAAAAUCAGACAUAUGUAAUUGUCUUGUUUUUAAACAAGGGUGCCUCAAUACAGGCCUAUAGAGCUGUACUUGUAACUGAGCAGUGGAGCCUGUGAAGUAUGCAUAGCCUAAUCACCGCUACAUCUUGAUUAAUGAAAUUAUGCUAAGAUUGCAUUCUUCCUUGAUAGCAAAAGUAGGAAAGCUAUGUUUGAUCACAAUACAGCGCUAGGGUAGUGCAUGCUGGAGUUCGUAGUUUCCAAAAGUGUCAGACCUUUGUGUUAAACGAAAUGGCAACCGUUGGCCCUAGUUGUAGGAGUAUAGUGGCCAUAUUGUAAGCACACCCUUUUUAAAAAGAAAAAAAAUGCUGCCUUGAUUCUAUGAAUCAGGAUUAUUAAAGCUUCUUGUAACUACAAGGUUGACUGAACCAUGUGCACUUUGAAUCAAAACACCUACCUCUUUUAAUCAAAUAAGUGAAUGUUUGUUUGUUUUCUGAAGUGCAGAUUGUUUCAAUGAAUUAACCAACAGCGAAUAGGAAAAAUAAACAUUUUAUUCUAACAAGACACCCGUAAUUUAUUGUGAAAUAGAUAUGGGUGGCAACUAUUCAAAAUAUUCCAACAGCUUUGAGUGAUUUAAGCUGAAAUAUAAACACUCAGGCUGGGAUUUUCACAGGAACAUCUUUGAAUUUGGUGUCCAACUCCGAUUGAAUUUUAAUGGGUUUUGGGUAUCUAACUCUUAGUUUCCUGGAAAAUCCCAGUCUAAAAUGAGUUAUUUGCAGAUCAUAAUUUAAUGCAUAAAAGUUCAAGAAUGUGAUUUAUAUAAUUACACAAUCACAUAAUAAGUUAUGACAAGACAUCAAAUCAGAUUCACUAAUGGGUAAGAAUUAUGCAUUCUAAACUGUAUUUCAAACAAAGAAGUAUCCCUCUGUAGCUGAAAUUAGAGCCAUGGCUGCUCUUCAGUAUGUCUAACUGUACGCUGAUUUUAGCAUUACAUUUGUAAUUGAGUAUCUAUAAGCCAAGGUUAGAACACAGACUAGUGAAAUAAAGUUACUUUAAAUGCUGACUGAAGGGAGGUCAUAAAAUUUCCAUUCCCUCUGCAGAAUCAAGAGCAUUUAAAAUAGGAAAGGAGCUUGCUCUCAAAGAAGUUUCUGUACUACAGAAUAGGAUACUUUAAGCAUUCCAGCACAAACUCGCUAAUAAAAUAACCAAUUAAUGUUAAGAAUUCUCUUGAGGGAAGAGCUGUGAAAUGGUGAUAGAGAACCUGUGUUUAGAGGGCCACAACAAACUAAUGACCCACCUUUCUGAUUAAAGCCAAGAGUAAGUUAUAGCUUUCAAAGAGCAACAUGAUUAAAUAUUUUACUAUAAUAGUAAUCAGUUAAGUCACUUUGUGUUUGUGUUAUGGGUUAAUAAAAUUACCUCAUGCACUAUA